CCACAUCUGAGAACGAUCCUCUCCAGCCAAUUAACUUCAACCGUUUUUCUUAGUCCACCGAGGGAUAAUCGGAGCAAACUGCAGAGUGAGGUCUUUGCCUGGACGAUAUACAAGAUAAGACUAUUACAACUGGAUUUCCUCUGUGUACUCAAUUUGCCCGCCAGUGGGAAUAAAUGUAAAUUUAGAGGAUCUCCAGAAGUUUCUGUCUUCAGCUCUUCUCCGCAGACGCGCUGGAGCUGGAUGUUCGGACACUUGCUGCUGCGCUUCUCUAAAUGAUCCGGAGAAGUGAGGAGAAGGAGAAUCACUGCGACGCACAUGGCUCGAUGACAUGAUGUUCCUGUCCUUUUCCCCUCCCCCUUCCACUUCCACUCCUUUCUUCCCUGUUUUCCUUCUGCUCCUUCUUUUCCUUCCUUCGUCCCUCGUCUCCUCUUCCCUUUCCCACACCCCGUUGAGCUGGACCUCGCCUCAUGACCCCUGCUACUACCUUGACGGUCGACCGCGGCACUGCCUGUCUGAGUUCAUCAACGCCGCCUAUGGAAUCCCCGCCGAUGCUAGCCACUCGCUACAAGCACAUGACCAUGACAGCAACAUCUCCAGCUUAACGGACCUCCACAACCCCCACAACCUCACCUGCUGGAUGGCUCACGGAGGACCUGACACCGGAGAAUGGGCCAUCACGCUACCUCUGGGCCGCCGCUUUGAGAUUACCUACAUAAGUUUGCAGUUUUGCCAACACGGGGAGCCAUCGGACCCAAUCUCUAUCUCGAUCCUGAAGUCCAUGGACCACGGGCGCUCCUGGAGGCCGAUGCAGCACUACUCCAACGACUGCCUUGGGAACUUUGGGUUGCCCUCCCAGACAGUGGCCCAGACGAGGCAGCAAGAGACGGAGCCCCUCUGCUCAGACCCUCGUCCUUUACAAAAGCAGAGGGGUGGCAUGGUGUUAGCCUUCUCCACCCUGGACGGACGGCCAUCUUCUUCUGACUUUGACUACAGCCACACCCUCCAGGACUGGGUGACGGCCACAGACAUCCGAGUGGUCUUCCACCAGGUGUCCAAAGCACCCAAGAUAGUCAACUCUGAUAAGAAAGGGGAAGUGAGAUGGCGGGAUAGUGUAGAAGAUGAAAGAGGGACUGGGCUUCUGAGGUGGAGACCGGGCUACAAGGGGCGCACUGGAGAUCAGGUGGACAAGUUAAGCACAGACAAUACACUGGGAAUUUUCGACAGAGAUAUAAGGGGGAGGAACAAAGAGGAGAAAGUGGACAAACACCCAAGGAGGGGUCAUUAUAAAGAAUCAGGGCAAGACGAAGAUGGACACAAUGUGACCAGCAAAGAAGGUGAGGACAGUUUCAGCACGGACACGCUCACUUCUUCAAAGAAAGGCGGGAAAGCCAGAGGGCGUGGCCGCAAGAAGGAAAACAAUCCUUGGCUACCUUGCCCCAAUGGAGGUUGUACUUGGACAGUUGAGGGGCGGAGCAGGAACAACAGGGGGAGGGAACUGAGGAAGAGGAGGAACAAUAACCUCAACGCAAAACAAAGCUCCAGGAAUCUGCAGUUGGCCCCACCCUCUGCUCUCCGGCCUACUCUGGCGCUUUCGGACCUGCAAGUUGGCGGCAGGUGUAAAUGCAACGGACACGCUUCCAAGUGUCGCCGUGACGACACCGGAAAGGCAGUGUGUGUGUGCGAGCAUCACACAGCAGGACCCGACUGUGAUGUGUGUGAGGAUUUCUACUGCGACCGACCGUGGCAUCGAGCUACACCCACGCACCCAAACCCCUGCGUUGCCUGUGAGUGUAACGGCCACUCAACCAAGUGCCGCUUCAGCAUGGAGGUGUUUCAGCAGUCGGGCCGGCACAGUGGAGGUGUGUGUCAGAAGUGUCGGCACCACACGGCCGGACGACACUGCCAAUACUGCCAGAACGGAUACACCCGCGACCAGAGCGUACCAAUGAACCACCGCAAGGCCUGCCAACCAUGUGAGUGCCAUCCUUUGGGAGCAGUGGGUCGAUGGUGUAACCAGACAUCAGGUCAAUGUCUGUGUCGAGAAGGGGUGACCGGCCCCCGGUGUAACCGCUGUGCUCCGGGAUACAAACAGGGCAAGUCCCCUCUGCGGCCCUGCAUACGUAAGUCACCU